AUGCAUAACCGGUCCUUAUCAGACACAACGCGGGGCAGCAACCGCAUCUCUGCCACCCCGCCCAUCUUUCCCGGCUUUCUGCUGCCCAGCUUCAAAUUUCCCUCUCUACGUCGCCGCUUCUCCUCAUCAACAUCAUCCGACACAUCUUCCCCCAGCACAUCACCUCCAUCCUCGUCCUCCACCGGCGGCCGCCGCCUCGCGCGCCUGCACCCCGACACGCUCCGCUGCACCGCCUGCUCCGCCGACCUCGCGCUCUCGGCGCAAAUCAUCUCCAAGGGCUUCACGGGCCGCUACGGCCGCGCGCUGCUCGUCGCGCCACCACCUGCAUCCACAGCCUCCGACGAAGACUCGCUGCUCAACAUCCGCAUCGGCCGCCUGGAGAACCGGCAGCUCGUCACGGGGUGGCACGUCGUGGCGGACAUUUCCUGCGGCGCGUGCUCCAAGAAGCUCGGCUGGAAGUACGUCGACGCCAAGGAAAAGUCGCAAAAGUACAAGGUCGGCAAGUACAUACUCGAGACGGAGCGCGUCAUGACGUACCGCAGCUGGGGUGAUGGCGACGGUGACGGCGCGGGGACGGAGGGGCCGGCGGUGGUGGGCGACGGCAUCACAGGAGGUCCGUAUGGCAAUGGGAGCCGCGGGAGCAGCGACAACAUCUCGUUUGACUCGGAGGACGAGGAUGAGUGCGAUGAUAUCUUCGCGGGAACAUGGGAUGCGAGCGCGGUUGCCAGGCGGAGGGCCGAGAUGAUUGCCGCCGUACGCCCAGAUGAGUAA